ACCCCCUGCAGUGCAGGAAUUGCAGGUAAAGUAUCCUUGACAGGUGGACACCCAACCUCUGUCUGAAAACAUCCAGUGAACUGCAGGGGGUCUUGUGCUCCCCUGGGAAGCAAAGGUCUCAUUUUUUUCCCAGUGCUUUUCUGGGAAACAGCCCAGCAAAGAUACUUCCCAGGUAAGCCCUGCCUUCAUAGAGGCCUGACUGGACGAGAUUUAUAGCAUGGUCCAAAUUUCAAGGAAGCCCCAGCGAACCUACUCCCAGGUAGCUGGAUAUGUGAGAACAGGAUGCUGCGUGAUCCAGAAGGCUCUUCCUGUACGUUCUGAGGGGAUCAGAGCUCUUAGUUUCCAAGACGUCAGAAACUAUUGUCACAAAACUUUGUGGGGUGGGGGGAAGCGACAUUCACUGUGACAGCAAGUGACUUGGUUUUUUGGGUUAUUGUUUAAAGGGAAAAGUGGGAUCUGGACCAUGCAUGCAGGAGCGCAGAGUACACACAGGAUGGGACCUUGCCAAUUUAUAGGCUGUAGAUCUCUUGACUGUUCUUUCCUUCCAGUGAACCAGCAUGGGAGAACAGUGAGGAGAGGUUUGGGUGACCCUCGUGCGUCACCUGUGAAUGGAUCAGGAUGCGGGGAUCUGCCUGCUGCCAGAGGCCUCCAGAGGCUGGUGCCUUCAUUAAAGUGCUCAUCCUCCUCCUGUUCUGCAGACACGCUGACUCGCAGUGCAAGAUCUUGCGCUGCAACUCCCAGUAUCUGGCCGCCACGGAGAACCUGGACGACUCGGACGCGACGGGCGCUCGCUGCGACGCUUUGCGCGCCUACUCCAGCUGCACGCGCCGGACGGCCCGCACCUGCCGCGGGAACCUGGCGUACCACUCUGCUGUGUAUGGCAUCGAAGACCUCAUGAUCCAGAACAACUGCUCUAGGGAGGGACCCACUUCCCUGCCCCAGCCGCCCCAGCCGCCCCCCGAUCACCAGGGCUUCACCUCCCUGGACAUCUGCGACUACGAGAAGAGCUUUGCCCGCAAGCACGGGCGGGCCCCCACAUACCAGCACUGCGCCGCCUUUGGGGACCCCCACGUGCGCACCUUCAGCGACCAGUUCCACACCUGCCGGGUGGAGGGUUCCUGGCCGCUCCUGGACAACAACUACCUGUAUGUGCAGGCCACCAGCUCUCCCGUCGUGAAAGGGUCAAACGCCACUGCCAUCAGCAAGCUCACCGUCAUUUUUAAGAACAUGAAGGAGUGCAUCGACGAGAAGGUCUACCAAGCGGAAAUAGACAACCUGCCAGUGUCUUUUGUGGAUGGUUCCAUGAAUGGUGGAGCAAGGCCUGGGGGGAGCAGCCUGGUCAUCUACGAGCGCACGCCCGGGCGGCAUGUGGAGAUCCGAGCAGCGCACGUUGGCACCACAAUUGCCGUGCGCCAGGCGGGCAGGCAGCUGUCCUUCUCCAUCCGGGCGGCCGAGGAGGUGGCUCUCUCCUUCACGGAUGAGCAAGAUUUGCAGCUCUGCGUGGGAGGUUGCCCGCCCAGCCAGCGCAUCUCUCGAAGCAAGGACGAGGGCAGGGGUGCCCUUGAGAAGGCCCGUCUGCUGUGCAAGGAGAAGCUGCCCGUCGAGGAUGUCUACUUCCAGGCUUGUGUCUUUGACGUGGCGACUUCGGGGGAUGCCAGCUUCAUUCUGGCUGCCCGCGGGGCGCUGGAAGACGGCGAAGCGUACCACCCGGACGUCAAGAAACUCCACAUCUUCCAUACCGACAGGGCCAUGCUCCCCUGCAUCUCGCCUCUCCUCGUUUUCACGCCCGUCAUUUUAGCCUGUCGCAUGCACUUUUAUUGGUGACUAUUUAUAUUCUGUAAUGCCAAGGUAUCAGCAGGUGUGGCUGGCUUCUCAUAAAGGCCUCAGCAAGCAAAGCCAGGGCCUUAGAAGAAUUGAGGAAUGGGCUCCCCCAGCUCAUGUUGGAAUGUUGGUGCCCCUGGGAAAGCUCUCCCAAUAGUCCUUGCUACCCUCUUUGUGUCUUGCAGACCACCUCCUUAAGGCCUGGGUGCUUCGUGGCAUCCUUUGGAGCAUCUGUUGCCACUGGGAUCCAUGGGAAUUGUAGUUUCCCAUGGAUCCCAGAAUUAAAUUUUUUUUUUGGCACAGGGUGCAUGGGAAACUUCGGUUCCCAUGCAUCCCAGUGAAAAUGGCGAUCAUGAGCCCUGCUCCCCUGGAAACAACAUGUUGGCACAUCACUGGUUGAAACGCUGACGACUCCGAGGCUGAAGACAAGUGUGGAGUAGCAACUGAUAAGUUUCAGGAACUGGGCUGAAACAAUGAAAGUUGGACUCUCGGAGCGUCUACCUUAUUUAUUU